UAUCGUUCCCGUUUACUUUUGCACAAUGAACACACAAUUUCCAUAACCGCUUUUGUCGAGUGAGACUGGUGGAUUUAAUCAAGACGAGGAUCAGCAGUAUGCAUCCUCCGCUGCACCCAAUACGCUGGCUCGAUUUAUUUUUCAAAGUUCAAAAAACUCGAAUAGUGCCUGAGCAGCAUCGUUUUUUGUUUGUUUUUUGUCGCAAACAACGUUCCUCCGAGUGUUCCCCAACCCCUUGCAGAAUAAACCAGAGCCUUCCCCCUUCAUGGUUCUCCAUUCUUCCUUCUCCUUCGCUUGACUUGUUCACUUUAGUAAUUUUAUUUCUCACGAUUCAAACUAUUUUAUAUAUAAUUUACAGACUAUAACAACGCUCAUACUUUUAAGACCUCAACUCGCAUGGAUUAUACAAAGGUUCGCUCACCGCCAACGCUGGUGUAAACACCAUUGUUUCCCUU